UUAUCUCUUAGUUAGCCAGGCAAUGACAAUGAAUUCUGGUAAACUCGUAUAUAGAAGAAUUUCGUUAUCUUGAUCUCUCAUACAAUUUCACCUUUUUUUGAUUUAACCUUUCCUUCGCCCGAUUCUCUCCCUCGUCCUAACGGUUCCUCAUCUCUCUUCCGCCCCAGAGUCUAUCACAAAGGAAGCAAGAAAGAGAGACCAGAAAGACGAUUUUUUUUUUUUUUGGUAUGGCACAUCCACAACCUCCAAAUCCAUACAGGGAACUAUCUCGAGCUAAAUAUGCCCUAAGAACACCUAGGAUUGUGGUUGCUGCCUGUGGAACAUUGGCAGCAUUAAGAUUUGCCGAUCUCUGCUAUUAUUUUCAUGAAUGGGCAGAUGUAAAGGCAGUUGCCACUAGGGCAGCGCUGCAUUUCAUAGACAGGUCAUCACUUCCCGGAGAUGUUGCUCUUUAUACUGAUGAGGAUGACUGGUCCACUUGGAAGACAUUAGGUGAUAGUGUGCUGCACAUCGAGCUCCGAAGAUGGGCUGAAGUUGUGGUUAUUGCUCCAUUGUCAGCAAACACACUAGGCAAGAUUGCUGGGGGAUUAUGUGAUGACUUGCUGACUUGCUUAGUCCGGUCUUGGGACUACAGUAAACCACUCUACAUGGCACCAGACAUGAAUCCCUUGACCUGGCAAAGCUCCUUGACUGAACGCCAUGUCAUGCAAUUGGAGGAUAUUGGGGUUUUCCUUAUCCCACCAGUAACUACAAGGUUCCCUAAUGGAGAUAACGGAACUGGUGCAAUGGAAGAACCAACUGGCAUCAACUUGACCGUGAAAGAAUUCCUAAGAUCGCAGGGACAAUUGAGGCGGAGCAGCGGAUAGUGAUCACACUAUUGCUAGGGAGACGACUAACUGAGGAAGCAUUUCAUCCAAGGCAAGUUCUGUCACCUGUCUAGGUUACUAACAACAUCUUGUGUUUGUAGAUAUUGUUUUCCGCCUAGAGCUGCUCAAUGCGCACUUAAUCUUACUUUUGAAUGUUGAUAGAAAUUACUACACUAUCAAACUAGAGGCAGAGUUGCUUCAUAUAAAUCUACUGCAGACUAUAGCAUGAGAACUGCAGAACUACUCACUCCACCACCAAGUUGGUGAAAACUUCUCUAAAUGAUAUGGACAUGCAGAAACAUUACUUGCUGUCUUGAUAUAUCUGGAUAUUACAG